AUGCUUCAAAAAUCAAGAGAAACAAAAGAUCCAUUAAAUGCUUUAUUACUUCGGCACGGCUUUGAAUCAAUUUUGGAUUGGUCUUUGUGUUAUAUAGAUUUUAAUAUUAGUUUAUCUGAAAGUCAUUCUUAUGUUCAAAAGAAACAAAAAGAAAAUGAAAUGUUUGGGGAAUUUGUACGUUGGGCUGAACAACAUACUUUAUUAAAUAGACAAAAACUUGUUGAUGCACUUAGUGGGCCAAUGCAAAGAAUUACUAGAUAUUCACUUUUAUUAAAAGCUGUACAGAGAAGUGCUGCUGAUACUGAAGAAAAAUUAGUUAUACAAUCAAUGAUUGAUUGUGUUGAAGCAGCAACUCUUCGAUUAAAUUAUGAAAUGAAUAAUAAUGAUCUAAGAAUACAAUUAGCAGAAUUAAUGAAAACAAUUGAAAGUUAUGAUGUUAUAGACAAUGAUGAAUUUGAGAGAUUAUUUCCCCUUCCUCCUUUAACAAAUUUUAAUAAUUUCCAACAAAAUAACAAUUAUCAACAACAACAACAAUUAUUAUUUGCUGCAAUUAAUAGGCCUCCCCCACAUUUUAAUUUACUUUUACCUAUGCCCUUUCUCGGUUUACAACAACCAAAAUUUAGAAGAAUGUAUACACGGGGAGAUUUAAAAAUGCGUGAAGGAAAACAAAAUCCUAAACAAGAAAUUCAUUGUAUUUUAUUCACCGAUAUGCUUUUAAUAUGUAAAUCUGUGUCAAGACGUAAUGACCGAUUAAGAAUUAUAAAACAACCAAUGCAUAUUUCUAAUCUUAGAUUUCACCAUUUUAGUGAAGGAAGUUUGUGCUUAAUUUGUUUAAAUUUAUUUAAAUAUGUAAUUAAUUUCUAG